AUGAACCGAUCAGUGGUGAAGCUGAAGGACGUCUUUCCUCACGGCACCGGCUUCGUCCUCGUCUUCGACUUCAUGCUGUCCGACCUCUCGGAGGUCAUCAGGAACUCGCAGCGACCUUUGACCCCGGCACAGGUCAAAGGUUACAUGAUGAUGCUGCUGAAGGGCGUGGCCUUCCUGCACCACAACAACAUCAUGCACCGGCUGAUUGGAUGUUACCUGGUGGUCCGUGCCGGGGGCGGGGCUGUGGGCCAGACACCACUGCUGAGACCGAAGAGGAGAGCUACGGCGACUCACAGAAAAGGAACUCAGUGUUUUAACUGUCAGACUGAAGUCACGACGCUGUGGAGGAGGAACGCUGCAGGAGAACCCGUCUGCAACGCCUGUGGACUGUACUACCGACUGCACCAGGUGAACCGGCCUUUAGCCCUGAAGAGAGACGGAAUCCAAACCAGGAGGCGCAAACUUACCAAUAAGACUAAGAUCCAGAGGAAGGCUGACCAAUCAGGUUUUGCUGCGAGUUAUGGAACGCUUCCUUGUUGUGGGGUGGAAGGAUACACUGUUCUGUAACUGUUCAUAAAGUAGUUCCAGACAGCUGCUCUGUGGAUGUGUCACGCUGCCUUCACUCAGUCUGGAGCUCCAUCUCUCUCG